AUGACGUUGUACAAGCUGGUGGUGUUGGGAGACGGAGGUGUGGGAAAGACCGCCCUUACCAUUCAGGUUGGUCAAGCCCUUGACAUCUGGAGCCAAAAAAAUCUCACUAAAACUGUACUUUUAGUUGUGUCUUAA